CGGGCACCCCCGGGCACCCCCGGGCACGACCCGCCGCCAUGUCGUUCCGGAAGGUGGUGCGGACGCAGAGCAAAUUCCGGCAACGUGUUCGGGCAGUGGUGAAGACGGAGCAGUGCUACGAUGACAUCCGCGUGUCCCGCGUCACCUGGGACAGCACCUUCUGCGCCGUCACUCCUUCGUCGCAUCUCGUGGAGGCCAGCGGCGGCGGCGCCUUCCUCGUCCCCCCUGACAAGACCGGCCGCAUCGACAACGUCGUACCCCACCGUGUGCGGCCACACGGGCCCGUCCUCGACAUCGACUGGUGUCCCCACAACGAACGUCAUCGCCAGCGGCUCGAGGACUGCACCGUCAUGGUGUGGCAGAUCCCGGAGAACGGGCUGAGCCAGCCGCUGACGGCGGUGGUGGUCCUGGAGGGCCACUCCAAGCGAGUCGGCAUCGUCACCUGGCACCCCACGGCCCGCAACUGCUGCUCAGCGAGGUACGGCUGUGACAACGUGGUGCUGAUCUGGAACGUGGGCACGGCGGAGGAGCUGUACCGGCUGGAGGGGCUGCACCCCGACCUCAUCUACAGCGUCAGCUGGAGCCGCGACGUCCGCUUCUGCACCGCCUGCAAGGACAAGAGCGUCCGUGUCAUCGACCCCGCCGCCGGCACCGUGGUGGCUGAGUGAGAAGGAGCGGCGCAAGGGGGCGGUCCCAUGCGAGCCAUCUUGGCCGCCGGCAAGAUCUUCACCACGGGCUCAGCCGCAUGGCGAGAGCGGCAAGCUGGCACUGUGGGACAGGUGAAACUGGAGGAGCCCAUGGGGCUGAAGGAGCUGGACUCCAGCAACGGGGCUCUGCGGCCCUUCUACGACCGAAACCAACGUGGUCUACGGUGCGGCAAGGUACCGUGACCCCCGCCUGUGGGGGCCCCCCAGAACGCGGGGGUCCCCCCUAACGGCGUGUCCCCGGGGGAUUCGAGCAUCCGGUACUUCGAGAUCACGGAGGAGCCGCCUACUCCCUUCCUCAACACCUUCACCAGCAAGGAGCCCCAGCGCGGAAUGGGCUGGAUGCCCAAGCGUGGCUGGAUGUCAGCAAAGUGUGAGAUCGCCAGGUUCUACAAGCUGCACGAGCGCCAGUGUGAGCUCAUCAUGACGGUGCCAAGGAAGUCGGACCUGUUCCAGACGACCUGUACCCAGGACACGGCGGGCCCGGAGGCGGCCAUGGAGGCGGAGGAGUGGGUGGCGGGGCGCACGGCGGGGCCGGUGCUGGUGUCCCUGCGCCAGGCCUACGUGCCCCCCAAGCAGCGGGACCUCAAGGUGAGCCGGCGGGCGCUGCUGCACGACGGCCACGCCACCGCAGCGCGGGCCGCCACCACGCCGCCCCCCCGCGCCCACGCCCCCGCGCCCGCCCGGCUCAGCGCGCCCCGGCACUGGGAACGCCGGGAUCGCGGGACGCUGGGAACCGGCACCGCCACGGGGGGGCGGCUGGAGGAGGUGUUGCAGGCGAGGUGGCGGCGCUGCGGGCGCUGGUGGCCGAGCAGGGCCAGCGCAUCGACGCCUGGAGGAGCAGCUCAGCCGCCUCGAGAACGGCCAACGUUAGGGACCCCCUCAGGGACCACACGCCCCAGGGACCACGCCUGUGCCCAAGGGACCCUACCCCGACCCUCACCCCUGGGUGCCCCCCACCCCCUCUGGGUCUUUCUCCCCUUGGGGGGCUCCCCCCCCCCCACAACUGCCUUACUGGGUGCUGCCCCCCUCCCCAAAUCAUGGACCAUUCCCACCCCCGUGUCCUCGGGCUGGGGGUUGCUCCUGGGAUCAAACAUUGCCCCCUGCACCCCCCAGUCCCUGCGUGGGGUGUCCUGCCCUCUUCCUACGGGGCAGGCAUGAUCUGACCCUAUCAAUGUGAAAUAUUGUCCCCCCUAUAUUUGGGGGCUUUCCCCCCCGCCUCUCCCUUCUUCCUCCGUACCGUGUUCCCUCCCCAUUCCAGUGCAGGGUCAAAAAACUAAUUUUCAUCCAAAUAAAGGAUUAUAAGAAA